AUGGGGACUUGUCAAAUUUGCAAUGGAAUAUAGGUCAAAGAGAUUAAGGAACAAUUGAAACCAUAAAUAUAGAGAAAAGAACUAACUCUUAGAUAAAUUGCUUUAAUUCAGGCAAGGAUUAGAGGAAUCUUAACAAGAAGAAGAGUUCUGAUUCACAAAUAAAAGGAAAAUAAUAACUAGCAAUAAUAAAAUUCUUUGACUGAAGACUUAAUUUGCUAUGAAUAGAUUUAACAAACAAUUACAGAAAGAUCAACAGUAGCUUAGUAAUAGGAUGAUCAUAUCGCUAUUUCGAUGUCACCAAAAAUAAGGAAUAGCCACAAGUGGCAGAAUGGAUCAAUGACUGGGUUUGGUAGAAUGGACAUGGAGGACGGUUGUUACUUGGAAGGCAUGUGGUUGGAUGGGUAUUUCAAUGGAGAAGGACUUUACAGUGCUCCUGAUGGGACAUAUUAUAGAGGAGAAUGGAAAAAUAGUUACAUGAAUGGUCAAGGGAUCUAUUUUAAUUCUGCUAAAAACAUCAGAUAUGAAGGAGGAUGGGAAAAUAACUUACAACAUGGUGAAGGGACAGAAACAUAUGCAGAUAAAUCAAUUUACACCGGGACAUUUAAAAAAGGUUUAAAGGAUGGUUACGGAAAAUUCUUUUUUAAUGAUGGGUCUUACUAUGAAGGACAAUUUCAAUAAGACAAGUUUCAUGGUUAAGGAAAAUUUGUUUGGGAUUGCGGUUAAAAGGUUUAUAAUGGAGAAUGGGUUAAAGGCAAAAAGCAUGGCUUUGGAUAUAUAGAAAUCAAAGGAAAAUACUCCUAUGAAGGUCAAUACAAAGAUGGGGUAAAAAAUGGAAAUGGCAUAUUGAUUUGGAGUGAUGGUAGAAAGUACAAUGGUGAAUGGAAAGAGGGUUAAUAACAUGGAAACGGGAUAUAUUAUAACUAAAAAGGAGAAACAUUUAGUGGUACUUGGAAGUUUGGAUUAAUCCAAAAUCAUUGA